AUGCUUUUGACUCUUUUGUUCUUGAAUGUCUUAUCCAAGGCUGAAGAAUUCUUUUCUCAAACCCGGUUAAACGGAGGCGAGUGUAUUGGGGAUGUCAUUGUUCGCCAAUCCAAAGCAAUAGACAUGUGUCAAUCGACAAUAUGUUCUUUUGGCCCAUUUAUUGGACAGUCACAGAAGUUGUCGAAUGAAGGAGGUGUCAUCACAACAACGUGUUAUGAACUUCCAGACUGUGAAGGUACGAAUGUAGUGGAAGGACAAUUUAUCAAUGAAAAGUGUAGUGACCUUGGGUUAACAAGUAUUGCAGAGAAUGUCCUCGAAAAUGAGAAGAACAACUAUGUCCAAAAGCGCCGAGUAAAUAAUGAGAAUGUUACAAUUGAAAAGUUGACCUACAAUAAACUCAGUUGUGAACCACUUGAUGGACAGUAUAUCAAAACAUUUACUGAUGGAUACAAAGGUAUUAUAGCUGUAUACAAUGACUCUUCUUGUGACCAUUUGAUUCAAAAUGAUGAAUGCCUCUGUGGUCAAACGUGUAAUGACACAGCUGGAUUGUACAUAAUGGAGUGUUAUAAUAAAGACAUAGAAAAAUACACAUUAGAUAGAUUUUAUGGACUCGAUAGUUCAUGUGAAGAUGUUGGUUUUGAAAGUCAGGUCAUUCUGAAUGAGUGUUAUCCAUCAAAUUGUCGAAGUGGUCCAUUUAGUGGGGUUUCCAUGAUGAAAGUGGUUAAAGAUGAAGUUGUCAUAUUCCAGUGUUACAAAUCAGAAAAUUGUACAGGAAAUGUGAAAAGUGUAGGAAGUAUCUCUUAUACAUCAAAAUGUAUCACUUCCGUCAAAGGAGGUUCUUUAUUUGGUGUUAUUCAACCGACAGUACCUCUUACUUAUAAGUACACAUUCACAAUUGCAAAAUAUUCGGACAAAGAAUGUUUAUACCCCAUUGAAAUCACCAAUUACAAUUCAAUGAACUGUAGUGAUGUAAAUGGUUAUAAAUAUUCUGCACUUGUUGAAGAUGAAAAAGUAAAUGUUCAGAUUUACUCACAGUCUUCGAUGUGUAUGGGGACUCCGUUGUCUUCAAAUACCUACACAUGCAACACGGACUGUGUUCUAGUCGGUGGAAAUUACAUUACAACGUCUUGCAACUGA